GCGAAUGAGAGAAGAAGAGGGAAAGAGAGAGAGAUACAGCGAUAGAAGUGGUUUGAGAGGAAGGGAUUGAGGGAGACAGAGACAUGACAAAAUCUCAAAAGAGAGAAAGCACGCUGUACCAUGCGAGCUAAAUUUGUGACCGCUGGAAUAGAGGAUGUCGGAUUAAUGGUGACUAUCACAACCCGUUUGCGCAGAGGAAGCUUUUCUAUUGGAACUUUGGAACAGAGGGUCCGCGGGGAAACAUGGCCGAAGGAGGGGCGGGUAAAGGUGGCGGAGAAGACCCCGCCAAGUCAACCGAGCACGAUGAGCGAACUCGGGUCCAGGUUCUGUCAGGGACAGGCCACUGUAAAUGGUUUAAUGUUCGGAUGGGGUUCGGAUUUAUAUCAAUGACCAGCAGUGAGGGAAGCUCCGUUGAACCACCCCUGGAUGUGUUCGUUCAUCAAAGCAAGCUGGUCAUGGAGGGCUUCCGCAGCCUGAAGGAGGGGGAGCAGGUGGAGUUCACCUUUAAGAAGUCCUCCAAGGGCCUGGAGUCCCUGCGGGUAACAGGUCCGGGUGGGGGACCCUGUGCUGGCAGCGAGAGGAGACCUAAAGGGAAGGCCCCACCCCUGAAACGCAAACCAAAGGGUGACCGCUGUUAUAACUGUGGAGGUUUGGACCACCACGCUAAGGAAUGUGACCUGCCCCCCCAGCCAAAGAAAUGCCACUACUGCCAGAGCAUCACGCACAUGGUGGCCCAGUGUCCACACAAGGCGCUGGUGCCCCCUGCAGGUUCUCAGGACCCCCACGCCUCUACCUCAGGGCCUCCCGGGACCUACCUCUACCUACCGGAGGAGGAGGAGCAGUCGGGCUCCUCCCCGCCAGAGGGCCCCUUGUCCUCCCCAGAGGAGCCCCAGACGCACCGAGAUGCCCAAAAGUGGAGGAAACCCUGAACGUUCCAGUGACAUGGGGGGAGGGAGGGGGCGGGCAGCCGUGAGGCAUCAGCUCCGCCCCUGCCUACCCCGCCACCCUCCUCUGUCACCCCAAGAACCCCCCCGCCUCAUCUACCUCACGCUUGUGAAAAAAAGGGGGGGGAGGGUUUGUAAUCUUUCGACCAGUGCAGCUAUGGCAACGAUCGUCGUCCUUGAGGGUACGGGCACGUGUGAAUGUGUGUGACUGACUGUGUGUGCUGUCAUCGGGUGCAGCUAUGGCAACGAUCGCUGGGUUACCGGCUCGUGGGUGUUACUGACUAUGUAAUGCAUGCGUUUAAACAGUGCAGCUGUAGGUUGAAAUGAGAAAAGACAUGGCGUGUCAGUCUUGGUUGGAUGACUGUUGGGUUGAAUGAGGUUUGAUGUUUUUACCAGGACCCAGCAGUUGCUCACCCAUAAUGCUUUGUCUAAAAGCGUUCUGAAUAUAGGAUUGUAUUUCUUUUUUACUAUACACCAUUGACCUCAAUACCAAAUAAUCAUAUUACAUACUGAUUCUAAGAGUCGUUCAGGCAUAUUGUAGAUAUUGAUGGAAAUGUCACAAAGCGGAGAUUGACAAAAUGUUUCAGUCUAUCAGAAAAAUUUCACGUGGCUCGUUCUUUGCAGGGGCGUUGGCCAGUCAACCGUGGUGAAGGGUUUGAUUAAGUUCCUGCAUGUCACUGACCCUGCUGGCAAAGCACAACUCACCUGCACCCAGCAUCCUUUUGUCUUACCGAAUAUGAAUUGCACCAACUGACUGUUGGUUUGAAGUGUGUGUGUGUUUGUACGUGGCUAGUUUUUGAGAGAGAGAGAGAGAGAGAGAGAGAGAGAGAGAGAGAGCGAGCGAAAGAGAGAGAGAAGCUGAGACUUUUUGUUCAGUGGUACUAACGUUGGACUAAAGAUUGCUGGUGUCAGAGGCAGGCAAGGUUGAUAGAUGCAUGUGUGCAUUCUUGCUUUUGUGUGUGUGGAUGAGUGUGCACGGAAGACAAAGUGACAGAGAGAUUGUUCUUUUUGGAUAUGUAACAGUGAGGUGGAAUUGAGAAACAGAUCUAGGCUUUGAAAUUAGGGCCCUCUGUUGUCCACUUGAUAUUACCAGAUAUAUUUUCUAUAAUCAUAUAUAGAUAUGCCUUAGAUAAAAAAAAAAAAAUAUAUAUAUAUAUAUAUUAUCCCGCUAGUGUAUUAGAUUAGUUCCAUAGACACAUUCACCAGUAUUUAAGUGGACUCCAGUGUUUCCCACAGAUUAGAAACCUAAU